AUGUUAUAUGGAUGGAAUAUUGAUCAUUAUCUUGGCACUAUGCAUGGAUUUACUCUUCAAGAAUCAACAAUACCUCUAUGUAGAUUUUUUGCCUUUCUUAAUUAUUUUGCUGGUCAAUCAUCAGCUUGGCUUCGUGUUUUCGUCUCUUUUGAUCGAUAUCUAUCAUUGAGUCGUCUUCAUCGAACAUGGUUUGGUAAAUCGAAGAAUGUUCUUAUUAUCAUUGGAUGCAUCCUUGGAUGUUGUACUUUAAUAAAUGGCCUUCUUUUCUUUUACGGUUGUUCUCAAAAAGCAGAUGGUACAAUAAGUCAAGCUUCUUGGGCAUUUCAAUUAUAUCCACUAUGGGAUUAUGUCAAUCUAGGAGUAUACAAUUGUGCACCAUUUAUAUUGAUGGUUACAUUUAAUAGUGGUGUGAUUUAUCAUUUAACUCGUCUUCGUCAUACAAGUACUGUUCAAAAUUCACGCAUUCAACAUCGAUCGAUUUCAAUUACAUUAGUUAUUACAACAUUUCUCUUCUUAAUUAUGACCAUACCAGCUACUGUAGGUUAUGCAUUCUUUUCUACAGCAAGUUCUACCAUAUUGCAUUUAUUAGAUGGAUUUCUUUAUAGUUAUCAUGUAUUAUCAUUUCCAUUGUAUAUGAUUACAUUUGAUGAGUUUCGACAAGAUUUUUUUCAGAUGAUUACAUGUAGAACAAACAAUCCAAGAGUUGGACCACAAACACAAACUGGUAUUGCACCAAAUACAUUAAAUACAAAAAAUUAA